AUGAACAACAAUAAACCUCCACCUCCACCUAAAGCAACAACUUUAAAUCAACAACACCAACCACCACCACCAAUCAAUCCAAACCAAAACAAGAGAUUAAUGAGUAAUCAAGAAUUGAUCAAUGGAUUAGAUACAAAUAUGAGACAACAAGUAAUGAAUAUGUUUGGUACAUUUGGUGGUAGUAGCAACAACCAUAAUAAUCAUAAUCAUAAUAAUAAUACUUCUGGAACGUCACCAUACAAGCAAAACAACUACAAAUCAAAUACUCCAACUAAUAAUAAUAAUUCUACAACAACUAAACCAUUGUCAUUUGUGAAUACUUCAACCAAAACUCAACAACCUGUUCCUGUUCCUGUUCCUGUUCCUGCUCCUACUCGUACCCCAUCUCUACCAACAACAGCAACAUUGACAAUCACUAAAAAGAGUACCAAUACAAAUGAACCAGAUUGGAAAAAGAAGAAACUUGACAAUGAUAGUACUACUUUUAAUAAUCCAAUGAUCAACCCAAAAUCUUCAAAUUUUAGUAAUCCUGUCAUCAUCAAACCAAAAUCAUCAACUACAACUACAACUGUUCAUUCUCCUCCCCCUCCUCCUCCAAUAGACGAUGAUUUUGAAUUUGAUUUUGCUGAUGAUGACUUUCCUUUACAAAAUACAAAUAAUAAUAAUAAUUCACAUAAUAAUAAUACGACUAAUAAUUACCACAAUAAUAAUAAUAAUAAUAAUAAUAAUUCUGUAAAUAAUUUCAAUAAUAAUAAUUAUAAAAACAAUAUCACUAAUAUUCAAGUUAAUAAUAACAAUAAUAAUGUAAAUAAGAAUCAACAAAAUACUAAUAAUAAUAAUAAUAAUAAUAAUAAUAACUCUAAUAAUAUUUCACCAACAAAAAUUUAUAAAAGUAUAAAUGAUAUACCUUUUAUUUCAAGUCAAGAUCAUCCUAAAAAUAAUAAUAAUAAUAAUUCAAGUUUUAAUAAUAGUCAACAAAGCAAUAGUAAUAGUCAACAAGGAGGAGGAGGAGGAGGAGUAAAAGGAAAAUUAUUUAAUGAUCAAUUUGAAAAAUUUGUACAAGAAGCCAAAGGAAUCAUCAAACCAAAAGCAAGAAACCAAAAUGUUAAAAAGGAGAUUACAAUGCAAGAUAUUGAAAGUAAUGUUGGUACAAACAAACCAUUCAGAGCCAUUACAAUGGCAUUACAAGAGAAUGUAUCGGAUAUCUAUAGUCAAGAAGGAUACCAAGCAGAGUAUUUCCCUUUGCCACCAGAUCUACCACAACCACUCUUUGAUGCACUCUCAAAGAUGAAAUAUAAAACAUUGUACAGUCAUCAAUUGGAAUCAAGAGCUGCAAUCAGUCAAGGAAACCAUAUCAUUGUGACUACACCAACAUCUAGUGGAAAGUCAUUAUGUUUGACAUUACCCAUUUUCGAACAAAUCAUCUCUAGAAAGAUUAAAGGUCAAAAAGCAAAUACUGCCCUCUUUCUCUUUCCCCUCAAUGCAUUGGCAAUCAAUCAACUACAAUCUAUUACUAGUCUCAAUCAAAAUAUUGAUCCAUCUUUUAGACUAUCAAUUCAAUCCAUCAAUGGUGAUACUCCAAAAGAAACAGUUCAAAGAUUAUUUGAUAAACCAUCAUCUCUUCCUGAUAUUAUUUUAACAAAUCCUGAUUGGUUACAUUAUCAAUUAUUUAGAGGAGGUAGUGGACAAUGGUCAGGAUGGAGAAAUUGGGUAUCAAAGUUGAAAUUUAUAGUACUCGAUGAAGCACAUACAUAUACUGGUGUAAUGGGAUGUCAUUUUGUCAAUUUAAUUAGAAGAUUACAAAAUUAUCACAAUAUUUUAAAUAUGGAUCAACAAAUCAAACCAACACUUCAAUUUAUGUUGGCAUCUGCUACAAUUGGUAAUCCAAAACAAAUGGCUUUUAAAUUAAUUGGUGAUGAUAAUAUUAAAGUAAUCGAUAAAAAUGGAUCAGGAUCACAUGGAAAAGUAUUUUUAAAAUUGAAACCAAUAGAUUCUUUAAAUUCAACUGUUGCCAUGGUCAUUCAUCAAUGGGUUGCAAACAAUAUAAAGGGUAUUGUUUUUUGUAAUAGUAUAAAGAGUGUAAACUCUUUGAUUCAGACUAUCCAAUCGGAUGGUAAAUACAGUGCAUCCUCUAAAUAUGUCAAAGCAUACUAUUCAUCGAUUACAUCCAACAUUAAACAAGAAACGAUCAAUCAAUUGCAAACUGGUCAGACUAGAGUCAUUAUUUCUACCAAUGCUUUGGAAGCUGGUGUAGAUAUUUCACAAUUGGAUGCAUGUAUGGUUAUUGGAUACCCAGGUUCAAAAAUGAGUUGGAAACAACGUAUUGGUAGAGUAGGUCGUUCAAAAAUGGGUAUGGUUAUCUAUGUUCCACUAUCUUAUAGUCCAAUCGAUAAAUUUUAUUCUGAAAACUUUAAAUCUCUAUUGAAUGAUAAUAAUAUUGAAUCUUUAUCUUUCAAUGGUGAUUUCCCUACUUUAUUAUCUCAUCAUAUUUUAUGUGCUGCAUCAGAGAUUGGAAUUCCAAUUCAUUCAAAUGAUAAUAUUUAUUAUUAUCUUGAUCAAUAUUUUGGUGUUAAUGCAAAAAAUGUAUUAAAUGAAUUGAUAAAUGAAAAGAAAAUAUAUCAAUCAACAUUGACAAUUGAAAAUAUAAAAGUUAAUGUUUGGAAAUCAAAUGAACGUGCUCAUUCAAAUUUUUCGUUCAGAGGUGGAAGUGGAGUAUCAAAUGAAAAUGUGAGAGUGAUGAUUGAAAACUCUAAAAAGGAUAGUUAUUUGGAACAAGUUUCCAAACAACAAGCUAUAACUCGUCUCUUUCCUGGAAAUAUAUUUGUUUCACACAAUGGUGAUUCAACAAUGACAUAUGAAGUUACAAGUUUAGAUUUGGAUAAAUCAAUUGCCUAUGUCAAACCAUUUAGAAAUCAAUUUGAAAAUAACUUUUCUUCAAAUUUUGGUAACAGUAGAAAUAAUCAAUACAACAACAAUAAUAAUAAUAGCAGCGGUGGAGGUGGAUUCAAGAAAACAAUAGUUUCGCCAUUAAAAUCAAAUAGAAUUACAAUCAAGAAUAUUCUAAAAUCAAAAACAAUUGCUACCAAUAUCAACCAAAACAUUUCAUUACAACUGGUAUUUGGAUUGGCAACUUAUAGUACAUCUGUUUAUGGUUAUGAAAAGAAAUUGUAUACUCCAAAUCCACACUACCACCAGUCAAAUCAAUCUGAUCAAAAAUCAAUGGCUCUAUCUGAAAGUGACAGAAUUACUUUUGAAAAACCUUAUGAAAUUCACUAUGAUGCUCCUUGUAUUCAAUUCUCAUUCACAUUUAAUAAUAAUAACAACAAUAAUAAUAAUAAUAAUAACAAGAUCAAUGGUGGUGGUGGUGGAAUGAUGUUGAAAAGAUUGUAUGAUAAAACUUUGGAAACAGUGACUGUUCAAAUGCAAUGUAGUUUGACAAUGGAACGUAAAGAAUAUGAAAAAAACAAGGAAGAAUUGGUUACAUUGGGUGCAAACAUGACUUCUCUUCAUACCAUUGUUCAUCAAAUAUUAGUAUCCUCUUCAAACAUUUUAUUAUUUUCAAAAAAUGAUGUAGAAGAAUUUAUCUCUAAUAACAACCAAAGUCACAACCACAACUCUAAUCCCGAUACAGAUACAUUUGGAAGAAGUAAUGCAAGUUUAAAAUUAAAUGAAAAGAACAACCAACAACAAGAUGAUGAAUCAAUCUACUUGAUUGAUAGUAAUGAAGGUGGAACAGGAGCAUGUAGUGACAUAUUUGAUAAAUUUGAAGAGAUUGUUGAAAAUGCAAUCAAUCAACCACAAUGUCCAAACUGUGGUGACCAAAAGGACAAGGAUGAAAUGAUGGGUGCUGCCAUGGAUGAAAUUGGUUGUAUCUUUUGUCUACACACCAAUAAUUGUCAAAGAGGAUUAUUAAGAUCGCUAGGAAUCUCUCUUUUAAAUACUUCCAACAACAAUAACAACGUCAACGCCAAUCAAAACACUACCAACAACAGCACCAACAGUAUCAAUCCAAUGAACCAUCAUCAUACGAAUCAACAUUCUCAUCCACCAUUAUCAUCUCCACCAACUAAAUUUGAUUGUUUUCUUGAUGAAGAUGACUGA